GUGUGUGUUUGCUCCCCAGGUGAAGCUCAUUGACUACAUCCACCGGCAGCGGCAGUGCAAGCUGAGCGUGCCCCUGAGCGACCGCACCGCCGAGCUCAACAGCUACCCCCGCUUCAACGACUGGCUGGACAUCGUCAACGUCAGGAAGGAGGUGGUGCAGAGAAUACCAGAGGAGCUGACCCUGGAUGCCUUACUAGAGAUGAACGAGUCAAAGGUGAAAGAAACAAUGAAGAGAUGUGGGGCCAGAGAUGAGGAGUGCUCGAGGCUCAACGGGGCGCUGAGCUGCCUGCGCAAGGUGACGGAGUCAGGAGCGGAGCCGAGGGACGAUGUGCCGCCGGCCCUCCCCGAGCGCCGGGACAGCUCCUGCCCGCAGCCGGACCCCGCGUGCCCGCCGUGCGCCCCGGGCAAGGGCGGCCAGGCGCGCUCCGUGCCCGCCGCGCCCUGCGAGCCCUGGCCCUCGGCAGAGGCGCUGCUGGAGCCGCUGGCGCUGCCCGCGGGCCGGCCCCGCGCCCCGCACAGCAUCACCGUCACCCCCCCGGCCACGCCGCAGCCCAAGCGCCGGCACCGCCUGAAGCCGCCGCGGACGCCGCCGCCCCCCUGCCGCAAGGUGUUCCAGCUGCUGCCCAACUUCCCCGCCCUCACCAGGAGCAAGUCCCACGAGUCUCAGCUGGGCAACAGGAUAGACGAAGUUCCUCCACUAAAGUUCGCAGAGCUCUCGCAGGGAUCCCCCCAGACGGUACGGAGAGACUUUGGCCUGGCUGUGACUCACAGGUUCUCUACAAAGUCCUGGUUAUCUCAGAUUUGCCAAGUGUGCCAGAAGAGCAUGAUGUUCGGGGUGAAGUGUAAGUACUGCAGAUUAAAAUGUCACAACAAAUGUACUAAAGAGGCACCUGCUUGUAGAAUAUCCUUCCUUCCCAUAACAAAAAUAAGAAGAACAGAGUCUGUCCCAUCUGAUAUCAAUAAUCCAGUAGACAGACCCACAGAACCCCAGUUUGGAACCCUCCCCAAAGCACUAACUAAAAAGGAGCACCCACCAGCAAUAAACCACCUGGACUCCAGCAGCAAUCCUUCUUCCACGACCUCAUCCACUCCCUCCUCCCCAGCACCUUUCCAGUCUUCCAACCCUCCCAGUGCGACGCCGCCGCCCAACGCGUCCCCCAUGGGCCAGAGGGACGGGCGCUUCAACUUCCCAGCUGCCUACUACCUUCAGCAUAGACAACAGUUUGUCUUCCCAGAAAUUCCCAGUCCUGCACAAACAACACAGCUUCCAGAAACUGCUGCAGACACUAACGCUGCCCAGCAGCCGGGCACGGGCGGAGGCGCACGGGAGGCUCAGGUGGAGGAAGCAGAGGCGGGGAAGUCGGAGCCCGAGGACGAUGAGGAUGAGGUGGAAGAUUUGCCCAACCGGCGGCCGCACCUGCAGGGGAUGAUCUACCGCAAACCCAGCCAGACCAGCGUGUACCUGCAGGAGUGGGACAUCCCCUUCGAGCAGAUCCAGCUGGGGGACCCCAUCGGCCAGGGCCGCUGGGGCAAGGUCUACAAGGGCAAGUGGCACGGGGAGGUGGCCAUCAGGCUGCUGGAGAUCGAUGGCAACAACCAGGAUCACCUGAAGCUCUUCAAGAAGGAGGUGAUGAACUACAGGCAGACCCGGCAUGAGAACGUGGUGCUGUUCAUGGGAGCCUGCAUGAACCCCCCUCACCUGGCAAUCAUUACCAGCUUCUGCAAAGGAAGGACGCUGCACUCCUUUGUGAGAGACCCCAAGAUCUCCCUGGACAUCAACAAAACCAGGCAGAUAGCACAGGAGAUCAUUAAGGGCAUGGGGUAUCUCCACGCAAAGGGGAUUGUACAUAAGGAUCUGAAAUCCAAAAAUGUCUUCUAUGACAAUGGGAAAGUUGUGAUCACCGACUUUGGAUUAUUUGGAAUUUCGGGUGUGGUUCAGGAAGGAAGGAGGGAGAAUGAGCUGAAGCUGCCUCAUGACUGGUUGUGCUACCUGGCCCCUGAGAUUGUCCGUGAGAUGGCCCCAGGGAAAGAUGAAGACAAGCUGCCUUUCUCCAAAGCUGCAGAUGUCUAUGCCUUCGGGACCGUGUGGUACGAGCUGCAGGCACGGGAGUGGCCCUUCAGGAGCCAGCCUGCAGAGGCUCUCAUCUGGCAGAUCGGCAGCGGAGAGGGAGUGAGACAAGUCCUUGCCACUGUCAGCCUGGGCAAAGAGGUCAAUGAAAUCCUCUCGGCCUGCUGGGCCUUUGACCUCAGCGAGAGGCCCAGCUUCACUGUCCUCAUGGAAAUGCUUGAAAAACUGCCAAAACUGAACCGCCGGCUCUCCCACCCAGGGCACUUCUGGAAGUCUGCUGAGUUGUAGCUACUGGUGCAAUAACGGGCUCCACCUUGCAUGCUUCCAUGUGUCGUAUCCUAACCGGCAACUUGGACAAUCACCUUCCAUUAAAAAAGCAAAAACAAACCACGAAAUUAACCCACGGACAUAAUCAACACUUUAUCCGAUUCUCCUCUCUGCCUCUGGCUUGGUGUGGGCUGUAGCUUCAAUAACCACUCGUGUCUGCGAGACCCUCGUGGCUAACACCGGGCUCCUGUGCCCCGGCAGCUGAGACUCCUCUGGGCAGGGCACGGCCCCUGUGCCCGAGCAGGUGCCCCCCAGGGCAGGGUGCCUGUCCUGCCUGCAGCUCAGGGCUGUCCUGCACUGCUGCACCUCUGCGGGGCUGUGUCCUUGGCUGCAGCUCUGUGCCUGCAGUGACAGGGACGCUGUCACAGCCCUUGCACUGCAAGCCAGCAGGGCUGAGGCCAGGCCGCUUCUCCCUCAGGCACAGAGGCAGCGCUGCAGCCAGGGUCAGUUCCUGAGUGGAAGGAAGGAUGGUCCUUGCUCUGCUCGGAGGGUCCCGUGCCCGCUGAGAACCAGGCUGGGGCAGUGUCCAGGGCAGGUCCAUGCGGGUCGGCUGGGAUCAGCUACAAAGCUGUGUAAAAGAGGAGGAAAGCAAGAGCAGCCUUCAGCUCCUCCCCUUGCAGAUCCAGGCCUUGGAAUGUUACAGUUUGCUUCUGUUUACAUCGCUGGGCAGCAGGAGGACUCAAUGUAGGGCCUUGGCAGAGUCACAGCUACCACAGCAAACAUGUGCCUUCUAGAAAAGGUCUGUCUUCACUGGUUUGGAGGGGAGAGGAGAGGGACGGGGAGAGCACGCUCCAAGGGGGUUUCUGCUGCCUGACAUCAAGCUCCCACAUCAUUCCCUGAGCCUCCUCAGGAAAGCUCUGAGCUGAAAGUGCUUCUGGCUCUGCCAGCAGUGAGAGCAAGGGGAGAGACCCCUUUAUUUGUUUUUAGAGCCUGGGGAGGAGCACAUGGGCUUGGGUUUGUUCUGUUGGGGUUUCUUAGCCUGUUCAUGUACCUUGUCAAAACUCCCCUUUCUCUUACAAAGAAAAUUCCGUCAGUUUUUCCUUCCCUUCUACUUCAAGAGAAGCAAGUGCCCACUGAAAACCAGUGUCAGGCUUCUACCCACGGUAGAGACCUGGGAAAACUUCCUGCUCCUCUCCCUUGGGCAAAUCAGAUUGUGCAGUUUCUUCCCACUGAUAAUGUUUGCAUGAAUAACUUCAUGUGUUUGCUGCUGAAUUACUUGAGCAUCUCUUUGGGUGAACUGAAGUGAGAGCAGAACCAAACUCACUGCAGCUCCUGUGAUGGAGCAGUAGCUUUGUAAGAUGAAUCCUCAGUAACUGUUUCCCCCUCCCUUCUCCUCUCCCUCCUCACUCUCUGCAGCAUUAACAGUAGCAAAGUUGUCCUGCGUUUUGAAAGAUUGGGCUUGGGAAUCCUGGAGCCGAGUAACCCAAAGCUGUAGGCGGUGUCAUUGUGACCAUGCUGGCUGCCUGCUCCCACACAGCACCAGAAACCCUCCCUGGCUGCUCCACGCCGAGGCUGAAGGACCAUCAGCCCAGCCCCGGGUCCUGCCUGAGCACCAGCAGCUAUUUAACAAUGUUUACAUGAUACUUUUGUGUCAACUAUAUUUUUUUAAACAUAAUAAACAGUGAAUCAAGUUGAAUACAGCCAUUCUCAAAUGGCACUGAGAAAGAGCUGAGCUGUUCUGGUUCCUCCUCGUGUCCGUGGUCCGCAGGAGCCACUGUGCCCUCAGAGCGGGGUCCGGCAGUGGAACAGCGAUGUGGCUCCUGCAGCUGGGGCCUUGCCUGAAGGAGAGCCCAGCCUGCUGCACUGGCAUUGCCCAGGCCACCCAUUGUUCCAGCAGGGCUGCUCCAGCUCUGGCUCACCCUGAACUCGGCUGCAGCACAGCAGGGCUGCUGCAGGUGCAGUGUCUGGCCAUGGGGGCUGGCUCUCAGCCACUCAGGUGCUCUUCUCCACAGAACUCACACUAAAACCUGCUCCUUCUCAUACAAUCCCAGAGGAAUUAAGAAUUGCUGGCCUUAAAAAAUAAACUCAUGACUUGUCACAGCUCUGCACAGGGACCAAAUUCCUCUUUUGGUUCAGACACAAGUUUGAGUGCAGGGAAAGGCAAGAGAAACAGGACAAAGGAAAAGCUGUUCCUAAAUAAUGCAUUAACUAAGGCCUUGAUGCACAGAGCUGCAGUGUCCCUGCACACACACAGAGUGCUGCCACUGCCUACAGUUGGCCACGUUUGAGCUUGCAAGUUCUUUGUUUGAGAAACAUAGGACCAAAGCACUUGCUUUGAGGAAAAAAGCCUUUAAGAAUAACAAAUCUUGUAACCAAGAAGGCAGUAUCUGGGCCUGGAGGUUCUGCCUGACCCCAACACCUCAGACUUGUUUCAGAGGUUAGUUUUAAAAUCAAAAUCCACCUUCUCCUCCUGCAGUGCACAGUGUGGAGGUUAUGGAGGUGACAGCCAGUGACCACACUGAGGUGACAGAUCCGUCAUCCCCCCUGGGAAUCAAUGGCAGGCCCCAUUACCAGAGGCUCCCCUUUCCCAUCCCUGAGGCUCAGGGGAGCUCCCAGAUCUCUGAGCAGCCAAAGCACCAGCCCUCAGUUUGGCUGCCUUGUGUGAGGAACUAAGUGGCACAAAACCUGAGUCCUGUUGAGCAGAGAGCCUCAGUCCUGUGUGCAAGUCCAUUGUAGCCUCUUACAAGUGUUGACAAAGACUUUUUAAAUGUGUCUCAGAUCAAAAAGAGAAAUGGGUUUGGCAUGGCCAGGCACUGCAGGGCUGUCCUGAUCCCUGUCCCCCUUGGCCUCUGCAGUUCUCACUGAUGGUGUGUCAGCAGCCUGAAGCAGAAAUUGUUUUCCCCCCAAUGCUGCUUAAUUAAGAGCAGCACAACACAAACCCAAAGCAGGGCAGAAAGGUGCUGCCCCUGGGCAGGAACCCUGCCUUAGGAGGGAAGGGCAGGAGCUGCUGCUGGGUGCAGACUGGCCCUUAGCUCAGUCGGUGUCAAGGGCAGCAGCAGCCUCAGGGUGCUCCUCACUCAGUUUUUGGGUGCAUAAAGCAGGCCCUGAGAGCUGGGACACCCAGAAUGUUCUGUGUGGGAUCAGUGGCCUGGCUGUGCACGGGCCCCAGACUGAGCCUUGGUCCCUCCCAUGCAGGGCAGGCCCUGGCUGUGGAGCCCUUUGUGUCCUGCCCUGCCCUGGGUGGGGGCGUUGGACACUGGGAUGUGCCCAGUCCUGGCACAGGGGCUUGUUCAUCGCCUGCCCUUAACAGGGGGAUCGGGAUCCAGCCUGGCCUGGGUGCUGUGUGGGACACCCAGAAAUUGCCCCUGAACACGAAGCCCAUCCUCUGCCCCAGCGCAGCCAGAGGAGAGGCUGGCAGUGUCUGUGGGGUGGUUGAGUUUUGGUCAGCCUCAGUGAGUGGCUGAGUUUUGGCAGCCUCUGGGGGUGGCUGAGUUUUGGCCAGCCAGGGGCACCCAGCCGAGCCCAGCAGGGCUCUGGGCACCGAGCUUGGGGCCAUGGAGCUGCCCCAGCCCCCACACCAAGCUGUCCCUGGGUUGUGUUUGUGUCACACGUCCUGCCCCGUGGAGCUGUCAAUGUGACAAUGCUGUGCAAUGCUGCUACAGGAGCCACAUGUCAGUAGUGAAUGUAAAUGGUCGUUACAUGGUGAACAUGGACACGUUUUCUUUUCAAAUGUGAUGUAAACUUUGUACAGUACAAAUUUUUUUUUAUAUUUUCUAUGAACUGAGUGUCUUCCAGAAUUGCUAUUAAAUUAAUUACAACUUGUUAGAAUUAACAACAGUUUCUGUAUUAGUUUAUGCAACCAGGAAAAAAAAAA